AUGUCUUCCGAACAAGAACUCCAAAUAUCUCCCAUCGUGCAGGAGUCAUUGAUGCACAACUCACGGACUCUCUACAAUCUCCAAUCUUUGACUGCCUCCCUCUUUGGAAUAUCCGCGGGCAUCCUCGGCCUCGAGUCCUACAGCGGCUUCCUCUUCUACCUCGUCUUCUCGCUGCUGACGGCCGUGCUCUUCUACCUUGUCCGUGUGGCGCCCUCCUCGCUGGCGGCGGGCAAGUCGCCGCUCGACACGAGCAGGUAUUUCAGGGGCCCGUUCGAGUUCUGGGCAGGCGGGUUGAUGAAUGGCUUGGCGGGGUUUAUUUUGACGUGGACUCUGCUCUACGGGCUGGUGAGGGCAUGA